GUCAGCAUCGCCGCGGUUUACUAUCCGUGCAUCCCUUCUGCGUGCAAAGUGGGGUGAAAGGACGCGGUAGGCGGCUAUAUAGGCACUCAGAUACAGGAUUCUAUGUGCUAAUUGGUGUCCUAGUUCACGCGUGAAGGAUCAUACAACUUUCCUGCAUUUUACGAAUCACGAUCUGCGAGGAAGACUAGUAGUUAGAAGAAUAUUUGGUGUCCUAUGUGGAUGUCAAGGAAUUUAAGAAGAUUGUUUUACACGAAGUUUAGACUCUCUGGAAGCCAAUGUUCCUGCACUAAGUUCGAUGAAUGAGAGUCAGAUGAUUAAAGAUCGAUCUUGGAGAAAAUCUAGAAGAGCUGAUCUUUGGGAACGUCUAAGACAUUCAGAUUGAUGUACUGAAAGAAGAAGACAACUUCGAGGAGUCAUAGAAGCUGUAUAAUAUGUUCAUCAGAACGGAAUCACUGAAAUUUUGUACGUGACUUGAGAACAAAGGCCUACAAUUUAAAUCUCUGUCUUCAACUUUCAUACUUCGAGUUCUCGCCUUAAUUGUUUGAUAAAAAAUUAUCCGGUUACCGGAGAAGCUUGUUGGAUAAUCGUUAAGGAAACCACUGGUAAUUUUGUCACGUAGGGAGAUUCAAACUUUCACGAAAGGUUUAAACGAUUCUAUUAACUUGACGAUAGCCCCGAAGGAUCUUCAAAGAAUCACCAGAAGGAAGGAAUCUUAUUUACACACUUGAAUCAUCCAUAGGAACUCCUUAUCAGCCCUAAUCCAAAGUGGGCUGAUAUAGAACUAUAUGAAUUUUCCAAUUUCCAAGGAGAAAAUUCGUCGCUUGGGGGAGAAAUCUGAAAAUUAUCUAAGAUUACUAGCCUGAAAGUACGUACGGAUGUGGGUAAGAUAGCCUAAACUUUAAUUUUUAAAACAAUCCAAAGUUACUCGUAUCAGACAUUUGGGAGACUUAACAGAACCUAGAUCCAUCAGAGCACGUGGAUUCGGUUUAAUCUCAGGCUUUUAUUAUUACUAAGUUGAAGCUCCAAUGUGUUAGAUUUCUACAAGAUCAAGGACAACCUAGAUCUAAUUUUGUGAAUCUAGAAAGAACAAAGGAAUUGAUAUCAGAUCAUUUGGACUGGGUCUACUGUCAGAUUGACUGAAGGUUAAACUUAACACAGCCCACUCUGAUAGAGAAGAAACGAGAAAUCCCUUCCUCUAGAUGUCAGAGAUUUCAAAGGAAUCAAGAUCUAUCUUCAUAGCUUCUGAGAGAGCAUAGAAACCAGCAUUAGACUACUUGAAUCAGAUUCAGUCUCAAAUGUCUGAAGUUCGAACCGAACUUAGGCCAUUAUCGUGACAACACGAGGAAUCCUCUGCGUCAGGUGUCCAGAUGUCCAAAAGAAAACUAAGAUCUACUACUGAAAUCCUAUAAAACUCUAGAAAAGCAAAGGAAUAGACAUUAGAUCACCUAAACUAAGUGUACACUUGAAUUAGAACCAGUUCGCUCUAAUUGUGACAAAACGAAAGGUUCGGACUCUUGGACCUUUAAAAACCUCAAAAGCACCUAAAUCAACUCUUAUAGAUUCCCAGAGAGCACCCAAUAUUACGCCAUCUGGACUAGGUCUAAUCCCAGUUCUCAGAGCGACAGGACGAUGUAGCCCAUUGAAAACGAACUAAAAAUCGUUCGAUAUCAAUCAAAUAAGUGGAAAGGAGUCAUUGAAGAGCCUGGUACAGCCGGCCCUGGAUGUUUUGACGCUGAGUGGCGCUAGGGUGUCGAGGUGGGGGCCAGGUGUUCUUGCUGCCUGCCGUACGCCUGUGGCGGCGGGGGUAGGGGUGGUGUAACUAUCUCGGGGGCCACCCCCGAGGCCAAGAAGGGCUCCACCGGCCGCAAGUGUCGCAAGUGCCGUCAAAAGCAACAGCAGCAGAGCCAGCAGCUGCUUGAAGAUCAUCAGCAGAAGCAACAGGAGAAGGAUCAGGACCAACAACAACCAAAAAAGGUGUUAGUGGUACAGGUCAGCAAGUUGGCGCCUCUGAGCAAUCUCGAGGAACUGGAAGACCUAGAGAACGGAAAGGGUGCCGAACAAGGGGCGGCGGAGGAGGAGGAGGAGGAGGACUUCUCCAAGGAGGGUGGCACCCAACACCGCCUAAGCCCCAGGCUGCAUGAUAUCAAAGAGGAAGACGAUGAGGACGGUAGGAAUACCAAGGGAAGACCAUAUCAGAAGAAAUCGCCGACUCCGAGUGGCGGUGGUGGCAGCAGAACGGGUUGGCGAUCGCGCAGAAGCAUCACCACGACAGGUGCACCGACUCACCAGCACCACGUGAUCGCCAGUGCAGCUGCAACUGCACAGGCCAGGAUGCAGGCCGAACAGGGCAGCAUCGGUGAGCUACGGGGCUACCACAAUUUUAGGUCCAGGAGACACACUCUGGCCAACGUUCGUUUCGACGUGGGAAAUGGAAGCUCAAAGGCAGACAGCAGCGCUACGGGCGACAACGCAUCGCAGAAUCCAAGUUUGGUGCUGCAACAGCCACAACGACGAGAAAGCUUCCUGUAUCGCAGCGACAGCGACUUCGACAUGUCACCAAAGUCGAUGUCUCGGAACAGUUCGAUCGCAAGUGAAAGAUACAAAGAAGCAGAAGUUGUUAUGGAGCGACCGGUUUCAACAGAUCCCAGUAGCCAUGGCGAGGAAUAUAUCGUCACACCUUUCGCGCAGAUUCUCGCCUCCCUGCGAUCCGUCAGGUACAACCUCCUGUUGCUCACAGAUGCAUUCACGAACCGAAUACGAAGGAACAGCGAACAGGCGGGCAGCUCAUCGCAGCAACAAAGUCAAACGCUAGGAGACGAGGAAUACGCAAAAACAGCCGCAGAUACGAUGUACGAGCUAGACUGGUGCCUGAAACAGCUGGAAACUAUUCGGACGCAUCAGUCCGUAUCAGACAUGGCCUCAACGAAGUUUACACGAAUGUUAAACAAGGAACUGUCACAUUUCUCAGAAUCGUCCAAAUCCGGCAACCAGAUAUCAGAAUAUAUCUGCAACACCUUCCUCGAUAAACAACAAGAUGUAGAUAUACCGUCUCUACCGACCGACGAGGACUCCUUGGCUGCCGGAAGUGCAGAUAAAAAGGAGGCGAAGAAGAAGGACCACCGCGUGCAAACAGGUCCAGCUUCCAUGUCACACAUAAGCGGCGUAAAACGACCCCUCACACACACAAACAGCUUCACCGGGGAACGUGUGCCGCUUCAUGGCGUCGAGACACCUCACGAAGAAGAACUUGGCGAGGCUCUAUUAAGCAUCGACACAUGGGGCAUCGACAUCUUCCGGCUAGGCGAUCUGAGCAACAAUAGGCCAUUGACCUGUAUCACGUACACAAUCUUCAAAAGCCGUGAUUUGUUCAAGGCAAUGUGCAUACUGCCCCAGACGUUCCUCAACUACAUGACGACCCUCGAGGAUCACUACGUCAAGGAGAAUCCUUUCCACAAUAGUUUGCACGCGGCUGAUGUGACCCAGUCCACCCACAUUCUGCUCAACACGCCCUCACUCGAGUCCGUUUUCACACCAUUGGAAAUCGCAGCUGCCCUGUUUGCCGCAGCCAUUCACGACGUAGACCAUCCUGGACUGACCAACCAGUUCCUGGUCAAUAUCGGCUCCGAGCUCGCUCUCAUGUACAAUGACGAGUCCGUUCUGGAAAACCAUCAUCUGGCAGUGGCGUUCAAAUUGCUGCAGAACGACUGCUGUGACAUACUCCGCAACUUGACGAAGAAGCAACGCCGGAUCUUCAGAAAGAUGACCAUUGAUAUAGUUUUGUCCACGGAUAUGUCGAAACACAUGACUUUGCUAGCAGAAUUGAAGACCGCGGUGGAAACGAAAAUAGUUGCUGGCUCUGGCGUUCUCGUAUUGAAAACGUACAGUGAUCGAAUAAUGGUUAUAGCAAACGCAGUACACUGCUCUGAUCUAUCAAAUCCCACGAAACCAUUAUUCUUAUAUCGACAAUGGGUCCAACGGUUGAUGGAGGAGUUAUUCCGUCAGGGAGAUCGAGAACGCGAAAGGAAAAUGGUGAUUAGCCCAAUGUGCGACAGAUACAAUCCCACCGUGGAGAAGUCGCAGGUCGGCUUCAUAGACUACAUUGUCCAUCCUCUUUGGGAAACUUGGGGAGAAUUGGUUUUUCCCGGUGCUCGGGAUAUUCUGUAUAACCUAGAGGAGAAUCGAGACUGGUAUCAUUCCAUGAUCCCUCCGUCACCACCGUCCAACGAUCAACAGAAGAACGAACAACAGUCCGAUAAUAUACACUUCCAGGUGACACUGGAAGAGGACUAUACCAUUGACCCGGAGGAGACCGCUGGAAUGUGACUGAGAUUCGCGGGUAUUUGCAAGAAGCUCCACGAGAAGGUGCAGCAGACCUGGUGGCGCGUGCGUCAGUAAUCAUUAGCUCGCUGCCACUGACUAAAUGUCUAUGUGUCUAUCUAUAUUCCUUUUUGGCCAAGCUCCACUCCCCGGAACAGUGGAAGAAACCUUGUCUCGAUAGGAGAGACAAGACAAAGAGAAAAGGAAAGAGUGAGAGAAAGAGAAACGAUUAACUGGAAAAGGAACGUCUAGUCGCCGCUAGUUCAGACCUCGACGAAUAAACACGGGGUCUUUCCUGACGUGUCAGAAGAGAAUAAAGAUCAGCCAGGAAAGAAAUUCGGAAGAUGGAGGACAACCCACAUUGACGCGAUCGUUCUGCUCAGACGCUGACGCGUCUCAGCUAUGGGCAACGGUCCUAAAUCGCUUCGUCUCGACUAGUUCGAGACGCGACGACAGCGUCCACGAUGGACCAUCCUCGAUAGAAAGACAGAGAGGAGCAUCGUCGUCGUUACCAUUGUCGCUUUUCUCCCUUCCCAUAGUCGUCGUUCGAUCGGCCCCAGAUUGGCGCGUCUCUGGCUCGAAUAUGGAGGGCACGAAUCUCUUCACCAAGUACCUGUACAUUACCCAGGUGAACCGAUCACGGUAAAGCCUAUCACCGUGUCUUUAUUAGGUUCCCUUUAUUAUCGUAAUAUAUAGAACGAGAACAUGAAAAACGACGCGACUCGAGAAAACGCAGGAAUAUCUCAUCUCGCCACAGUGGUAGGAUCCUAUCUUGACAUAUCAAUUAGACGGUACAAGCGGCUCAGGUCGCGAUAUUCCAACGAUCCGAAGGAUCUUCUACGCAGCCAGCUGAUCCUCGAUUGGUUAUUGAAGAAAUUGUAUGUCUACGUUGGACUGUUUAUUCCAAUUUCGGCCAAAUUGGCCAUGUGGCUGCGGUAGAGACCAGAUUGGAUAAUUUUACAAAAAAAUUGAAGUUGGAUGAUUAAAAAGUUUGAAAACGAGACGGUAUAGUGAACAACAGAGAGGGUCAGGGGCAUACACAUGUACCUACACAGAAGACACGCGAUCGUUUUUAACCAAAGAGUAUUGUUAGUCACUUCGUCGUUUGAGAAACGAACUCUUUUUCUUCAUUCAGGAUAAAUAAGAAAAAAUGAAUUAUAAAUCGUGAACAAACAGCGAGACAUCAUCGCGCGUUCUAGCUUGUAGCGAUGGUAGAUGACUUAGGGGACUCAGCGAGGUGGAGAAUUAAAUUAGUUAGAACUUUGCAACUCGAUGUGUUUACGAAACCGAGACUAAGAAUAAAAAAAAAAAGAAAAAGAGAAAAGGUAUUAAAAAAAAUUAUAAUAAUAAAUGGAGAUAAAAUGAAAUAACGAAGUACUCUCUCGCUUGGAUGUCUGUGAAUCGCUCAAAUUCAAGGAUCCAUGCUGGAUCUCGAGUCGAUGGCGUCUCGAUGGUCGAGCGUCGAUCCUCUUCGCUCUCUUUCUCGAAGCAUCGCAAUUUUUCAUCGAAAUUCAACUGGUAUAUAUACACAGACAUAUAUAUAUAUAUAUAAAAAUAUAUAUACAUAUAUUUUUUUUGUAAAAAUACCUUUUUGGGCCUUGUGUUUUCUACGAUGCAUUUAUUUUCUCCUUUUUGAUAUAUGCCUAACUGAAUAAAGAAAAAAAAUUUAUCGUGUCAAUAAAACGACGAGGAAAUCAAUCGUGAUAAUGUUUUCACGUAUUCGACUUUCUGACGAGAAAAUGGCGGCCGCACGAGCUAGGCAAAAUGGCCGACACGCGUCAAUUGCUCGAGAAAGAGGCGAAUACUUGUAUCUGUGUCCGUAGGCAGUGAAUCUAGUGAGUGUUUUUGGUGCUGUGCACCAAGCUUAGAUCAUUAAGAGUAAUUUACAUAAGGCUACGAGUACACGACUAGAUAUUAAGCUGAGGAAUUAAUGUAUAAACGAAAAGAAUGGAGACAAAAAAGAAAAAAAAAACGUAAAUGUUCUUUAGGACGUAAGCGAACCAAGUAACUAAUGAUAAUUAAAUAUUUAACAACGAGAAGAAGACGAUGAGAAUUAAUCGAAAUAAAAAAGAAGAAAAAAAAUGAAUUGACAUGACGCUGUUCCAUUUUGGGAUCCCUCCGACAAUGUUCCGCUCGAAAGACGAUAAACAGAUUUUGGACACUACGAAGAUCGUGAGAUUCGAGUGAGAACGACCGAUCGAACGACGGGAAAAAAUAAUUACAAAGUACCUACGCGUAUAAUUUUUUGCCGAUUUCCGAUUUUCUCCGUUUGCCUUGUGGUGACCUUGAUAUGUAACAUAUAGAUUUAAUUCCAUGGUUUUCUCUAGAAUUGUUGUACAUAUUUUUUCCUUUCUUUUUUCAUGGGUUCUGCGACGAACCAAAGAUAAUAUUUCCCUAUAGUAAGCUCCCUCUCGUGACUAAUGACGAAUGUUUUUGUAACGUGGAAUAUAAGCGACAACCGCGUUCAUGAUGAUAUUUUCUUCAUCGAAUGAAUAUGUGUGUUUGUUAUUGUGUAUUUAACGAUUUUACCGACCCACAAUGGUGAUGACGAUGACUAUUAUUGUAUCAUGCGGCAUGGUCACGAUGAUGAAACGUUGAACAAUCGCGAGAGACAAAAUAGGGGUAACAAAAAUGAAUUAGAAAGGAAAAAAAAGAUGGCAAAAAAAUUUAUGAAAUAAGAACUAAAUACUAUGUGUUUGAUUGCUGGACAGUUAAAUGAACAUGUAUUUAUCGGUGUAAUCCUCGUAUAAGAUAUAUGUGUAAUAAAACAUAUUUAUUGUCGGAA